AGUACUGAGGAAACUUUGUUCACAUUACAUUUCUAGGCAGCGGUAAACAUAAAACUGACAACUGUAUUUACAAUACCAAAAAUCUAGAAAGUCUCAAAACAUACAUCACAAAAUACCCAGUGACAUCAAUAAAAAAUCCUGGGGUCUACCCAAACCACCAACACUCAGAAAACACUCACCCUUCCGAAAAGAGUAGCGCAAGAACCUCUCUACCUAUGAGCUUGAUCUACUCGCGUAGUUGGAUCACUUGAAAAAUAUUAAGUCACUGGGAUGAGACAACGUUCACUUGAAAGUUAUUGGUUCUUCAUCUCCCUAUUGGAUCUUAGACUUAGGUGCUUCUAGUCAUAUGACUAAUUCUCUCCAUGGUUUAAGUAAUGUCAAAGAAUAUUGUAGCUUUUCACAUAUUCAAACAGCCAAUGGUAGUGCUUUACCCAUUGUGGCAGUUGGUGAUGUAUCUUCUUCCUUUAAGGAUGUUCUUGUAUCACCUUAAUCUUUCUAUGAAUUUGUUUAUGUUGGUAAGCUUGUGGACCAAUAUUACGAUGUACAUAUUACUCGUGGUGGUUGUGUUGUGCAAGAUCAGAUGUCAGGGCAGUUGAUAGCGAAGCAUAGAUGUCUCUUUUCUCUACAACUAUAUGUUCCACGAAGCUUACCUUCUUUCUUUGUAUCGUAUUUGCUUUGUAGUAAGUCUAGAGUGUCAAAUGAAGUCUGGCAUAAGCGCCUUGGUCAUCCUAAUUCUAAGGUUCUAUCUUAUUUGUUGAAAUCUGGUAUAUUAAAUAAUAAAGAGCAUUCUUCUUCCACUAUGUUUCCUGAUUGUGCAACUUGUAAACUUGGCAAAAGUAAGACUUUACCCUUUCCGCAAAAGUAAGACUUUACCCUUAUAAAGUAAAGCCACCCACAAUAUUGAGAUCAUUUAUAGUGAUGUCUGGGGUAUUAGUCCUAUUAUUUCUCAUACCCAGUACAAAUAUUUUGUGACAUUUAUUCAUUACUGCAAUAGAUAUACAUGGGUGUAUUUCUUGCAGCACAAAUAAGAAGUUUUUCAUAUGUUCAAACUGUUCUUAGCUCUUUUUGACACUCAAUUUUCAACUGCUGUUAAAAUUCUUCAGUCCGACUCGGGUCAGGAAUAUAUGUCUCAUGAGUUCUAAUCCUUCUUGCAAUAUAAAGGUAUUAUCUCUCAACAUUCUUGUCCAUAUACUCUACAACAAAAUGGAGUAGUUGAACGAAAGUAUUGCCAUCUUUUAGAUGUUGUCCGGACCAUGCUCAUUGAGUCUUCCCUUCCUCCUACGUUUUGGGUAGAAGCACUUACCACAUCAACCUUUCUUAUAAAUAGACUUCUUUCCCAAUUUUUGGAUUUCAAGUCUCCAUAUUUCCAGCUUUAUCAUCACAAUCCUACCGAUACAAAUCUUCACAUUUUUGGGUGUGUAUGCUUUAUGCAUCUUCCCCCACCGGAUCGAAACAAGCUUUCUGCCCAAUCCAUCUGUUGCGCCUUCUUGGGAUAUAGUGUCACACAAAAGGGUUAUUUAUGCUAUGAUCCAAACUCUAAUUGGGUUCAUGUUUCAAGGAAUGUGCUCUUUUUUGAAAAUCAAUGGUUCUUUCCUAUGUCUUCCUCACCAAAGUCUUCCAUUGCUUUCUUGCUUUUUUUAUGACACUUUUAGUGCUCCUAGUACUCAUGUUGAAAGGUUUUAGCCAGGCAUGGUAUACCAGCGAAGACCUCCAGUGCUGCUCCCUUCUGCUCCCUUCUGCUCUUGUCUUGCCAUAUACUCCUUUGUGCCGCUCCUCUAAAGUAUAUGUUCCUUUUGACUGUUAUGGAUUCCUGUUAUGUAUGGCAUGUACUGCUACUUCUGCAUUGUCUGCCACUUUUUGCUAUUCCUACUAGUUACUCACAGGAAGUCAAAGAGAAAUGCUGGUCGUAGGCCAUGCAGGACGAACUAUGUGCUCUUGAGGCCAAUAAGACUUGGAAAGUGGUGGAUUGUCCUACAGGAGUGACUCCACUUGAAUGUAAGUGGGUCUAUUCUAUUAAGGUUAAGUCUGAUGGUAGUUUGGACAGUUAUAAAGCCCACUUAGUAGCUCUUGGAAAUAAUCAAGAAUAUGGAGUAAACUACGAGGGUACUUUUUUUCUGGUGACCAAAAUUACCACCAUCCACACAAUUUUGGCUAUUGCCGCUUCUUAAAAAUUGGGGUUUGCACCAAAUGGAUGUGAAGAACGCCUUUCUUCACGGGGAUUUCAAGGAAGAUGUUUAUAUGCGUCCUCUUGUAGGUUUACUUUCUACCCCUUCUUCGACAGUGUGCAAGUUGCGUCGCUCCUUGUAUAGUCUCAAACAGGCCCCUUGUGCAUGGUAUGAGAAAUUUAAUUCUACCCUACUCAAGUUUUCUUUUCUCAAAAGCAAGUAUGAUGUAUCUUUGUUUCUUCGCAUAAUUGCGAUUGGUGUUGUCAUUCUCUUGGUAUAUGUUGACGAUAUAAUCAUCACGGGUACUAAUUCAGUUCUGAUCUCCUAAUUAAAGUAGUAUUUACAGGACUCUUUUCACAUGAAGGUUCUAGGAUCUCUUAUGUAUUUUCUUGGUUUAGAAAUUACUACUGGUUCACAUGGUAUUUUUCUGUCACAGCACAAGUAUGCCCAAGAUUUGGUGGCUGCUGCUGGUCUGCAGGACUCUACCCCUCUUGAUACUCCCAUGGAACUUAAUCUCAAGCUGCACAAAGAAGUGGGUGACUUGUUAUUAGAUCAUGUAGCCUAUCGUACGUUGGUUGGCAGCUUGGUCUAUCUUACAAUUACUAGACAUGAUAUUUCUUAUGUAGUCCAACAGCUUUACGGGGACAAGAUCAUUCGCUAUGUCCAUGGCACAACUUUGCGGGGACUUUUCUAUCCUGCUGCUCUUAUUUCAUGGAAAAGCAAGAAACAUGACUGUGUUUCUAUGUCCUCUACUAAGUUCGAAUAUAAGGCCAUGUCCCAAGCUUGCGCUGAGAUACAUUGGCUCUGAGGGCUAUUGGCUGAACUUGGCUUCUCUCCAGGUGGUCCUACUUCUCUUCAUGCGGAUAAUACUAGUGCCAUUCACAUUUUAUCCAAUCCCAUCUUCCAUGAACACACUAAACAUAUCGAGGUUGAUUGUCACUUUAUCCGUGAGGCGUUUGAAGCUCUAAGUAUCUCUCUUCCUUAUGUAUCUAGCAAUCUUCAAGUGGCAAACAUUUUCACUAAGGCUCUCACAGGAAACGACAUAAUUUUCUUGUCAAUAGAAGGCCAUAAAUUAUGCCUUGCUAAUAGCUAUUAAUCUAGGUUGUAUAUACUUUCAUAAAUAGAGGAGGAGAUUUAGCUUACCAUGUAUAGCUUCCUAAAAUCACUCUAUGUAAAUUAGUUGGCUUACUAUAUAUAGCUUCCUAAGAUCACUGUGUGCAAUGGGCAUGUAUAGAUUUAAGUUUCCUUGUAUAACCGGUAGUCAUGCCUAUAUAAUGAAAGACCUUCUCAAAAGAGAGGACAAUUCGUAUCAUUAUGUUAAAUACCACUUUACCUAAAAGUUUAAGCUAUUAGGUUGUGGGCCAAUAAUAUAUAUCAAACUUUUAACACAACUAUCGUUUGCUUGCAUUUGAACUAAGGGUUGAGAACCUUAUAGUAGGUAUUAUAUUUUAAUUUAUGCACCAUAUACUUACGUUAAAACGAUCCCCUACUAGUUCAAGCUUUUGAUGUAGGAGAAAGGUUAGGAGUUUUUAGUUAGGUAGAUGUCUAGUAUAUUUGUUACUUGCAUGGUUUAUAUGUAAUUGAAUUCUUUUCUUAUAAUGCCAAGUACAAAAGAUCAUUUAAUCUUUCCUUAUUCUAUUACAUAAUGUAUUUUGCCUUCAAACAGUUGUUGUGUUGAAAAAAAUUAAGAAAGCUUCAGAGUUCGCCUGAAUCAAAUGAAUAAAUUUGUAAUUUUUUUUUGGCUAUUUUCUGACUUUCCUAGAUCUGUAUGUUCCCUUCCCUGUCUUUUUCAUCUUUUGCCUGCAGAAUUUCACGUAUUUCCAUUUAUUUGAAAUCUAGGUUGCAUGAGGAUUCAGGUU